CUUUUGUUCCUCACCAAAGCAAGCUCCAUUUCACAUGUCCGACGACUCUGCUGCAGUCCUCGCGCUCACCGCGCUCUCACCCAUCGACGGCCGCUACCGCUCUGCCCUCACCGAGCUCGUCCCGAUCUUUAGCGAGUUUGCCCUACAGCGCUACCGCGUCAAGGUCGAGGUCGAGUACUUUAUUGCACUCGCGGCUGCGCGCACCGACGGAUCCAUCAACAGCUCGCCCAGCUCGUCCCUGCCGUUCGCAGUGCCCGCUCUGGCAGCCCUCGUCAACGAGUAUGGCGCCGCAAGCAUGGCUGAAAAGCUGCGCGAACUCUACCAAAACUUUUCCACGUCAAGCAGCCUCGCCAUCAAGCGCAUCGAGGAAAAGACACGCCACGACGUCAAGGCUGUCGAGAUGUGGCUGCGCGACCAGUUUGACCAGCUUGGGCUGCCCGCUGCCUCCAAGGAGUUUAUCCACUUUGGCCUCACCUCCCAGGAUGUCAACAACACGAGCAUCCCGCUGUCCCUGCAGGAGGCCACCAACAGUGUUCUGUUGCCCAAGAUUACCACAAUGAUCCUCCAGCCUCUGCACCGCCUCGCCACCGAGUGGUGGGACAUUCCGAUGCUCGCCCGCACCCACGGCCAGCCUGCUACACCCACGCGCCUGGGAAAGGAGAUUGGCGUCUUUGUCGAGCGCCUCGUUUCCCAGCUUCGCGCCAUCAAGCAGAUUCCGUUCUCGGCCAAGUUCGGUGGUGCCACGGGAGGCUUUAACGCGCACGUCGUGGCGUUCCCCGGUGUCGACUGGGUGGCGUUUGGCAACAACUUUGUCAACUCGAGCCUGCAGCUGUCGCGUUCGCAGCUGACCACUCAAAUCGAGCACUACGACAACCUGGCUGCUCUCCUCGACGCCUACAAGCGCGUCAACACGAUUCUGAUCGAUUUGUGCCGCGACAUCUGGACGUACAUUGCCAUGGAAAUGUUUGGACUCAAGACCAAAGCGGGUGAAGUUGGCUCCUCUGCCAUGCCGCACAAGGUCAACCCAAUUGACUUUGAGAAUGCCGAGGGCAACCUGGGCGUCGCCAAUGCGCUGUUUGAGUUCCUCAGCAGCAAGCUGCCCAUCAGCCGUCAGCAACGCGACUUGACCGAUUCAACCGUGCUGCGCAACCUCGGCGUCGCCUUUGGCCACUCGCUUCAGUCGUACGUGUCCAUUUCCCGUGGUCUGGACAAGCUGCAGCUGCGCAAGGAGACGCUGGAGCGCGAUCUGCACGACAACUGGGUCGUGGUUGCCGAGGCCAUCCAGACUGUUCUUCGCAACGCUGGCGUGGACGACGCCUACACGCUCAUCAAGGAGGCGACCCGCACUGGUGCUGCCCUCCGUCAGCCCGAGAUGGAGGCUGUCAUCCGCCAGUUGAAUGUGGAUGAUGCCUUGAAGCAACGUCUUCUCGGCAUUACUCCCUUCUCGUAUGCACCCCAGCUUCCGGCUCUCCCAGCCAUUAAUCUUGCCGAGUUUGGCGUUUUGCAUUAACAAAGCUCGGGACUUUUGUGAUUUUUGGGCUUUUGUUGCUUUUAUGUUCAGAGCGUUAUGGCGUGUGAAAUAAAUGUGAAAGUACAGUACUCUGUUCGUUCCAACAUUCGAUGACAACAUUCGAACAAGGAAAUGACAUGUAUUAAAC